GACGGCCACUAGUCACCAAAGACUUUCGCUUCAGCUUCACCUGCUCGGGUAAAUGGCGGGCUACGCAGCCGAGGCCCCGAGCCCCGCGGAGGAGGAGGAUGACUUCGAGCUGGCGGACGCGAACCUGACGGCGGACGCCAACGUGCCGUCGGAAGGCUUCCGGAAAUGCCAGCGUGAAGGCUGCUCCUUCGCUGUGACGUGGCAUGCCACCCACUGCUGCGGCCGCUGCGCACAUUCCGGGCUCCAUGGCCCCCACUGCGAGCAGCGGGGCAAAGAUGCGGCGGCUGCGGCGCCGGCGCGGCGGCGAUGCAGCGGCAAGGGCUGCAGCUACCAGGCAACCUGGCAUCCAAACUUUUGCUGCCACGCCUGUCCUCAGGGCAAAGGCCACGGGGGCAAGUGCGAGCAGCAGAGCUUUCGCGCCGGGAGCUGUGCAAGUCCUGGGUGCAAGUUUCAGGUGACUUGGCAUGCCACCCACUGCUGCCAGGUGUGCCUGGACCGCCCUGGGCACCACGGGCCCCACUGCAGCCGCGUGGACUUCUCCAGGUUCGACCUGCCCGGCCGCUCACGCCUGGAGGAUUGUAAGCCCAGCGAUCAGGGCGGCAGCUUUCCGGACCUUCAGUUUGCGGAGGCGCAGGUGCUGGGCAAAAGGGUGCCGCUCUGCCUGGAUCUUUGGCUCCCCGAGGGCAAAGGCCCCUUCCCGUGCCUGAUCUUCGUGCACGGGGGCGCUUGGCGCCUGGGCACCCACAAGACCUUCCUGACCUGCAAGUGGAGUGAGCUGCUGAAGCCGCUGGGCUUCGCCCUUGCCUCGGUGCAGUACCGCUUCCUGCAAGAGGCCCCUUGGCCCGCCAGCGCCGCGGACGUGCGCUGCGCAGUGCGGUCGCUGCGGCAGCACGCUGAAGCCUUGCGCUUGCGGCCCCAGGUCUUCGUGUGCAUGGGCCAUUCGGCAGGAGGCCAGCUGGCGGCCUUGCUGGCGUCAAGGGAGCCCUUUCUGGAUGGAGACCUGGCGCAUGUGUGCACUGCUAGCGCCAGCACUGUUCAGGGCAUCAUCUCGUACGCGGGAGCGCUGGAGGGUCCGCAGAACGCGACCCACGGCAACGUCCUGGCGCAGACUGGGCCCUGGCCCCCCGUCCUGGCACUGCACGGGCUGGCGGAUCCCCUGCUGCAACCGCGGCUGGCGGAGGAAUUCGUUGCUCUCCUUCGGCCGCUUGGUGUGGAUGCGAAGCUCGUGCUGAUGCCAGGCCACGGACACGCGUUUCAUCCGCGCCCGGAUGCCAUGGAAGCGAUCCUAGAUUUCCUGAAGCGUUUCCGCGCGUGAUGGCGCGGGC